AAAUAAUUUUCCGUGGAUUUGACGGUUUUGGUAAAUCGCGGGGUUGUUUGGACGUCUACGAUCGUAGAGACCAAAGUCCGGCAGAAAUCUACGCGUAACGCACACGUCACUCCACAAAUCAAACAAACCACCCGUCUAUUAAGUUUCCCCGAUUAUUCCCCUACAAAAAUGCGAGGGUCUUACACAAACCAUGUGUUGGACAUGGCGUUGCUUGUGCUUAUCGGACAUUACUUGGUAACGGCGCCGUUUUCCAAGGUCGAGGAGUCGUUCAACAUGCAAGCGAUCCACGAUAUCACAUACUAUGGGGUCCUUGAUACUGCCAAAUUCGACCAUUCUGCCUUCCCGGGGGUGGUUCCUCGAACGUUUCUUACUGCGUUGGUUGUUAGUUUCCCCACCUUCCUCUACAAGACUCUUGUCAGGCCGUUUGUGGAACACACUGGUGCUCUGCUCGACAUCCAGAUGGCGGCAAGAGCGCUCAUUGGCCUUGCCAAUGCGGGGUCCAUGAUUUUCUUCAAGAAUGCGGUGAAAGAUGCAACCUCAAAGGGUACCUGGGCUAAUUGGUACAGUAUUCUCCAGUACUGUCAAUUUCAUGUGCUCUUCUAUGCGUCCAGAACCCUCCCUAACUUCAUGGCAUUACCAGUGACAAACGUGGCGUUCGCCCUCCUUGCAAAGGGGAACUACACCAGCUGUUUGCACCUCCUCUCUUUCUGCGGAAUAGUGUUCAGGGCUGAAAUUGGGUUGUUAGCCGUGGCAACGUUUGUCACGGUGACCCUUUUCGUCCCCGCCAAGGACAACGGCUUUAUCGCCACCACUGCUCUCCAGGUAAUGAGUAUGGUAUUUGGGGUCUUGGUUGGUGCCGUCACUUCUUUACUUGUGGACUCUUACUUUUGGGGAUACUGGACCAUCCCUGAGUUGCAGUCAGUGUACUUCAACUUGGUGGAGGGAAAGUCUGAGUUGUGGGGUGUUGAGCCUUUCUGGGCAUAUUUCACCAAAUAUAUCCCAAACAUCUUUACCGUGCCCGUGGUUUUGUUGCUUCUACUUCCAGGCUUCUUCUAUAAACCCGAGACUGCGCGCAAGACCCCUCAUUUGUUCAAGAUCUUUCUCACCAUUUCUGUACUCUACGUGCUUGGAAUCUCCUUCCAGCCGCACAAAGAGUGGCGAUUUAUCGUCUACGUCAUCCCCUUGCUUACAGCUGUCGGUGCCAACGGUGCCUAUGGCUUUACAGCCUCCCAAACCCUAAUGAAAAAAUUUCUCAGCUUAUUUAUCGUGGCUUUAGCAGUUGCAAACUUGGGCGGCUCUUUGCUUGCGGGAUACAUCUCCUCGAUCAACUACCCUGGUGGGGUAGCGCUUCAGAAGUUUAACACGCACAUUAUCCAAAAGAUGAACACAGAUAAUCGUCAUGAAUUAGCCCAACACAGUGAAGCAAAUCCGGCGGUUGUGCACUUUGACGUCUACACUGCCAUGACAGGAGCCUCAUUAUUCGGGCAGAUACACGACGUCACCGUUGUCUAUGACAAAUCUGAGACCUCCGAUGACUUGUUUGUCCGCUGGCCAACCUUCGACUACCUCAUCAUGGAGGCGCCGCUAGAGACAUCAGGGCUUUUGACUAAGGACACCUGGAGACAGGUUGACUCCGUCUGGGGAUAUAGUCACACCAGUGUUUUGCCAAUCUUACAGGAGAUCAUAAGUUGGGGCGAUAACAAGCGCAUUCCCGUGGCAGAGUUGUGGGAGAGUGCCCAGCGAUGGGAAAGUUGGGUAUCGCUCUUGGAGAGCAUUGUAGUGCAAAAAGAGCUUGUGUUUAUCUAUGAGCGUACCCAGGAGGAUGAAUUCGGGGUAGCAGAGCGGGCUCAGCACUUGAAGAUGAUCAAAGAAACGCUUGAUAAGGCCCAAGCGGUGGAUGUGUGAGGACCGAGUUACAGUCUAAUGUGGUUUAACAUAUUGCGGUACUGGUAAUCUGGGAUAAUUACUGUAUAGUAUAAGAGUGCGGUGGUAUGGAUCGUGGUCAUUCCCUCCGUGCCAUAAGCACCGUUUGAAUUGACCCUUACCCUUCUCGGACGGAUUACACUAAAAUCUGACAAAUAGUUGAAUUAUUUUUAUGCCUUACUCUCUGUGAUACGUCCU